AUGCUGCAUGUCCAUGAAAAGACACAUAAAUGCCAUUUCUUCAUUGCAAAGUUGCGUCGAGAGGAGAGCCGAUUGCGCGACUGUCUGGCGCGUCUGGAGGCGGUGAGCGAGGCGCAGGAACGUGACCGCUGCGAACUCGGUCGUCAGGCGGCGGCGUCACAGUCGGCCGAAUCGCGGUUGUCCGAGGAACGAGCGGGCCUUCGGGUCGAUCGCCAACGCCUUCGCGACGACCUGACCCAGUGCCAAGCCGAGUUGGCCGUAGUGGGCACUGAAGCGCGUCGGCUCGCUGACACACUGGCCCAGUCGGAGGCGAGUCGGAUGCGUGCCGAGGCCGAGGUGGAGGCGGCCGGGCGUGACCGGCUCGAGCUGGCCGAGGCGAUGGGCACAGCCGAGCGCGCCAAAGCCAGUCUGGCCGAAGAGCUGGCCGUAGUGCGCAGGGACGCCGAGCGGCACUCUGUGCUAGCCGCUCGGCUGGCCGGAGAGAAGGAGACCCUGGCCAGGCAGAAGGCCGAACUGAUGGUGCAGGUGAGGCCGGUUGCACUUUUCUCCCACUUUCACUUGUCCCGCGCUGGUCGACUCACUUUUUCUUUCUCACUCUACUUUUAUCUCUAUCUACCUUUUCUUAUCCUCUCCUCACUUCAGAUUACUUAA